AUGAAUCUGUCAACUCCCAGAGGAAGGAAAAAGCUGGAUAAGGAUAAAAUCGAUGAACCAUUCUUAGAACACAACCAAGAUUCAUCGAAAAAAGUUAAAAAUACACAUCUCGAGGAUAAGACUGUAAAAUUACGUGCAUGUUUAUCUUGUCGCUUACUGAAAACAGAAAUGGAGUUUUACCAGAACGGAUGCAGCAAUUGUAAGUUCCUCCAAAUGGCAGGAGACAGACAUAAGAUUCAUGAUUGCACAACGGAAAAUUUUAACGGAUUUAUGGCUAUCACCACCCCAAGUAAGUCUUGGAUGGCACAGUACAAUGAUUUAAGUAAAUAUAUUCCUGGGUUCUAUGCGUUGCAAGUAGUAGGAGAUUUGCCAGAGGCCAUACGAGACUUGAGGUCUAACUAUUGA